AGCCUCUUCGGCUCAAGCCCCCCCCCGAAUGGGGGUGGAAGAACUUGGCAGCUGGGAUGUCCGGAGGAGCAAUGGGUGUAAGCGAGGACAAGGUGAUGCAGCUGUUGGCGCAGGCCGGCCUGGCACAUCAACAACAGUUGCAGGCAUUGAAAGACGAGAGGGACACCGAGAAGGCAAUACUUUUGGCAGAACUUGAAGAUAUGCGGAGAGGUGGAGGUUCUGGAAGGGCUGCCAGCCCUUCAAAGCAGCUUCGGAAAAGUGGAACUACUAAAGGACAGCAAAAAAACGACAGAAGCCCGGUGCCAUCCGAGUUGGAAGAGGUCAAGACAUUGUCUCGGCAAGAUAGUCGGUCAUUGACAAGACAAGGAUCGCAACGCUUCAACAUGGCUUGGUCCUAUGAAAUUGACACGGAUCCGAUGCUUCACGAGGGGAGUCAUGACUCGCGGAUGAAGUCGGAUCGCAGCACACAGCCAGCAUCAGGCCGGAAUAUCUCGCUCUCGUUCCUGAAUUCACAAGAGCCCGAACCUCCAGGUGCACCGACAAGAAUGGACAACUUCAUGGAGGAGGCGGGCAGCCUGAGAGCUCCUGGUGUUGAAGAGCAGGAGCUUUCAGUUUCUCAUCACACAUACAAAUCCAGAAAUUCACAAUACGAUGGUUCUCAGCAGGGAGGCAAAAUGCGGAGCAGCAUUCGAACCAGCGUGCGUUCUGAGAGGCCAGCAGAACUUGACCUGCCAAAGGUUCCAGACCUUUGUGACGUUUGGGAAGCAGGUAGGACUACCAGCAAAGCUCGGGUGAACUUCGCUUCGAGAAAGCGUGCCCCUAUAAGGUCAGGAAUGCUUCAGACAGCUACUCCCAUGGAGCGCUUCUUUCAACAAGGACGAGGUCGCUUUAUCUCAUACAUGGUUCUGCAACCACAUUGUUCUCGACGGCUUGUCUAUGAGGUCUUUGGAUUACUUCUCAUUUGCUAUGACCUGAUUUGGCUACCAGUCGAGGCUUUUGAUCCCGAGAACACUACCUUCGCAGAGGCCAUGGCCUGGAUCACCAGCAUCUACUGGUUGCUGGAUAUCCCAGCCUCCUUCCUUGUGGGAUACGCCAUUCUUGAGGAAGGGACGGUGGAAAUGAGGAUCACGAAGAUAGCGCGCCGCUACUUGAGAACAUGGUUUUUCUUUGACCUCAUCAUAGUUGGAGUCGACUGGGGUCUCCAAAUAUGGACCUUGCUCCUUCUGACUCAACAAGACUCCGGCGCCGAAGCUGGUGUGGCAUUCUUCAGAAUGGCAAAAACCAUUCGGCUUCUGCGCUUUUUGAGAUUGCUAAGACUUCUGAAGGCGAGAGGCAGAAUUAAUGACCUCGUGGAGCAAAUUCAGUCAGAAGCUUCACUCAUCUUAAUUGGCAUUCUGAAGAUGCUAGUUUUCAUUGUCACAGUCAACCACUUGGUUGCUUGCGUUUGGUAUGCCAUCGGGAAUUAUGAUGCCUCGAGGCAAGACAGAUGGAUAGUAGAAUACAAGGUUGAGAUGAAGAACUUGUUGUACCGAUAUUCAACUGCGCUGCAUUGGUCGAUCACACAAUUCACUCCUGCAUCCAUGGAAGUGUUCCCACAGAAUGAGUACGAGCGGCUAUUCACUGUUUGCAUAAUCCUAUCUGGAAUGCUGAUUUUCUCGUCCUUUGUGUCAGCGAUAACAAAUGCGAUGAAUCAAUUGCGCAACCUCAACAGCUGGCGUCAUGAGCAGGAAUCAUUGCUGCGAAGAUACCUGCGAGAAAACCUGGUGACGCCAUCUCUGACGGCACGGAUUCACAACUGCUUGAACAAAGCCAUGAAACAGUCACGGAGAAGAGUGCACGAGGAUGAAAUCAACAUCCUCCAGCUCCUGCCUUUGAGUCUGAAGUUUGAGCUUUCCAACGAGAUCUAUGCGCCAGCUUUGGGGAAGCAUCCUUUCUUCACCUUUUGCUACAGCUGUCUACCUGCAGAGAGCAGGAAAAUUUACAGCCAUGCUGUCGCACAGAAGUCUCUCGUGAUCUCGCAGGAGCUCAUCACCACAGGAGAGGCAGGCAAACACAUGUACUUCCUCGUCUCGGGUACCCUGAUCUAUACUCGCGAUGAUGACGAGCAUCAAGCCAUUACGACUACCCAACCUUGGUUGGUUGAGCCAGCUCUAUGGCUAAAAUGGCAGCAUGUUGGCACUGCGAGUAGCAGUUCUCAGAGUGAGCUCGUCUGCCUCGACGCAUUGAAAGUGCAGGACAUCCUCAAAGAAGAAGUGACAGUCCGCACAUAUGCGAAGAAAUUUUGGCGGUAUUUUCGAGAAGCUCCUGAGAUGCUCUCUGACAUUUGGAUCGAUGAGGAACAUGUGUACUCAUGGGCUGCUAGUGCUAUGAGCAUGGCCGAAGAGAUCCUGGGGACCGUCAUCCAACCUGAGCCGUUGAGCCCGAACUUUACAAGGUUUCUCAAUGGAUUGCGCCGCAUGAGCAAUGGCAUGCUACACCGCUUCUCCAUAGUCAGCUAUGUGAGCCAAAACAGUGGCAACGGAACAGGUCCUGGAAAGCUUCCUCCUCAACUGCAGGAGCUGGUUGAACGCAUGCAGCUUGCCCGCCAGGAGCAGGAGGCAGAGAGCAGAAGCAGCUCAUCAGGACUUGACGACAGCGACAGCGAUCGCGAGGCGCCACGGACCAAUCGCCAUGGCUCCAUUUGCCAUGUGGUGCCAGCACAGCCGCAUUGAGCCAGGUCAGUAAGAACCAGGCUGAGGGUACUCCGUUCUGGAUUCGACGAGUGUCUUGCUGCUUUUUCGCCCUUUCGCACCCUGACAUUCCGUUG